AAUGUGCUUCUGUCAGUAUCUUCUCCGCUCACGUUGUUUCAGGAAUUUCACUCCUUCGACCCCUGCCAGCGGCCGCGCGCCCUAUAAAAGCGCGUCUCCGCGGCGCGUCUCAUACUUUCCCGGAUCAGAAGUGCUGCAUGUGUCCGAAUUUCUGCCUCGAACCAGAACAACAUGUUGCGUGUCAGAUGCCUGAGAGGAGGAAGCCGCGGAGCUGAAGCCGCACAUCUCAUCGGCGCUAUGGUGGGUCGCGCUCUGUCGGGAUGGGUGCAGCGCGCGUUCCGCAGCACCUCGAGCUCGGCCGCCGCGCCGAUGGCGCUCAACGUGGACGAGCCCGUUACUGAGCACGCGCCCGAGGAGUGCCCCGUGUGCGCCUACAACGAGUGGGACCCGCUCGAGGAGGUGAUCGUGGGACGAGCUGAGAACGCCUGCGUCCCCCCGUUUACAGUGGAGGUCAAGGCCAACACCUACGAGAAAUACUGGCCCUUCUACCAGAAGUACGGCGGACAGACAUUCCCGAAGGACCACGUGAAGAAAGCAGUUGCUGAAAUCGAGGAAAUGUGCAAUAUUCUGCAUCACGAGGGUGUUAAUGUGACCAGACCGGAACCCAUCGACUGGUCGUUUGAAUACAAAACCCCAGACUUCACCUCCACAGGCAUGUACGCGGCCAUGCCGAGAGAUAUCCUGAUAGUGGUGGGGAAUGAGAUCAUAGAGGCACCGAUGGCCUGGAGGGCUCGCUUCUUCGAGUACCGCGCCUAUCGGCCCCUCAUUAAAGAAUACUUCAGGCGGGGGGCCAAGUGGACCACGGCACCCAAACCCACCAUGGCCGACGAGCUUUAUGAUCAGGAAUAUCCCAUCCGUACAGUGGAGGACAGACAUAAACUGGCUGCUCAGGGGAAUUUCGUCACCACAGAAUUUGAGCCGUGUUUCGACGCUGCAGACUUCAUCCGAGCCGGCACUGAUAUUUUCGUACAGAGGAGUCAGGUUACAAACUACAUGGGCAUCGAGUGGAUGAGGCGUCAUCUUGCCCCUACCUACAAGAUCCACAUCAUCUCCUUCAAAGACCCUAACCCCAUGCACAUCGACGCCACCUUCAACAUCAUCGGACCAGGCCUGGUGCUGUCCAACCCGGAUCGCCCAUGCCGGCAGAUCGACAUGUUUAAGAAGGCCGGGUGGACUGUGGUCACUCCUCCAACUCCUCUUAUUCCAGAUGACCAUCCGUUGUGGAUGUCGUCCAAAUGGCUCUCAAUGAAUGUGUUGAUGCUGGACGAGAAGCGUGUCAUGGUGGACGCUUAUGAGACGAGCAUCCAGAAAAUGUUUGAAAAACUCGGCAUUAAGACUAUUAAGGUCAGCAUCCGACACGCCAACUCACUGGGCGGAGGAUUUCACUGCUGGACGACGGACGUCCGUCGGCGCGGAACCCUCCAGUCUUACUUCCUCUAGACUGCCAGAAAACGCAGUUUUAAUUGAGCUCAAUGUUGUGCUCCAGCGAUGGUUUGAUAGCGCUGUGCAUGUCAGGGCUUUAGCAAAUGAAUCCAAUGAACGUAAUAAUGACUAGAAACCUCUCAAAAGUGAUCUCAAUAACAACUGCAUCUCUGGCCGGCUGUUGUAGUGACUCCAGUGAAGCAGACAGACCCCCCCCACUUCACCACGACCAUUAAGACAAGAGUUUCUACCUCCUCCUAGAAGAUGAUCAAAGAUUUAUAUAUAAAAUAUAUAUAUAUAUACUUUUUUACCCUUUAUGCAAAGUAUGCAAUUAUUUUUAUAGCCGUAUAUAUCAGUUCUUUUUCUCAAAAGUGUAAAUAUUUUAAUAUAUAUGUGCAUUUUAUGUGCAUAUAUACUGCCGAUCGAAGGUUUGGAUCAUUAAGAGAUUUUUUAAGGAAAUGAAUGUUGAACUGUUUGUCAACGAAGCAUUUUACUGGUCAAAACCAUCUAAUUAUUUAUUAUAAUGUCAUAUGAUUUUAAGAUCAGUUUAAUUUGCGAUAGUAAAGCCCCAUUUCAGCUGAAUUACUUUACAGACAUCAAGACAUUUGUCUUCAUAUUUUAAAGCAAAGAAAAAGUCAUUUGUAACAUGUUUUCACUGUAAUUUUCUUUCAAUUGAAUUAAUGUUUGGUGAAUAAAGUAUGUUUCUUUAGGAAAUGUCACAGUGAUUCCAAACUCAUAAAGAGUUUCCCUUGACAAAAGGGUUUUUUAUACAUCUGCAAGUCUGUUGUCAUUCACAAUAGCAGGAGUCGGGACGCCACGCAACGCUCUCUUGUGUACCUGGAACAUAUUUUUUGUUUUGUUGUGUUUGUGCCGUGAUUUCAGUAUCGGGUCAAUGAAAAACCAUUAAAAAUAAACUUGGAAAUGAA